GGCUACGCCACGUCAUCAACCAACCUCAUUUUCUUCCCUUUUUAAAACCAACAACUCCAACACUCCAAAUAUUGAAAGCAAAGAUAGAGAGAAGAAAUAAAUAUGGAGGGGCUGAUUCCAUUAGUAUACAAAGCAAUCGUGCAAUACAGAAACGGAGCAUGGCUAGAUGAUACGCACUCGGCUGCAGCCUAUAUGAGGCUUCCCGGCGACUCUGGCCGGUUCGCGCCUUCUGACGUCCAGAUUUUCCGGCUCCCCUCCGCCCGUUCGCCCCCUCGCUCCGUAGCGGAGAGGAGGGCCGUUUCCACCCAUUUGAUCAACUCAUAAAACAGGCGAAUUAUUCAAUUUGGUAGGCGUGGUGAUAUGAUAAGUAAGCAAAAAUCUUGUGUUUCUUUUAAUUUUCUUUUUACGUUCCGUUUGUUAGUUUAUUUGCCAAGUUUUGGCGAAAAAAUGUUUUGUGGAAAACCUCAUGAAAGGGUCCACAAACUGUGUGUUUCAUGUAACAAACCAAAAUUGUGUAUAUGAAUAUGAAUGAAUGUGAUGUUUAUUUGUUGAA